AUGUCUGAGACCUCGUCCAGCAAGGAGGGUCUCCCGGCCGAGUGCCCUGUGUGCUACGAGAAGUUUCACCCGCUGGAGGCCACACGCCGCAAGCUCAGCUGCGGGCACACCUUUUGCCACGACUGCCUGGUGAAGUGCCUGCUCUCUGCCAAGCUCGACGGCCACAGGAAGGCAGCUCUAUGGCUGCCCAAGGCGGGCACCAACCCCCAGGCACUGGAGAUGCCUCUGUCACCUUCCUCCUUGCCCCACCUGACCAAAAUGGAGGCCAGCAACACCUUGGUGGUGCCCAGCCAUUUUGUGAUGCCGGUGCAGAGCUUCGAGCGGUGCUGCAGCAUGGGGAACGACCCCCUGCACUCACAGGUGGUCCCAGGGGAGCUGGCGCGGGAAGCCCACAUCUUCGUCAUCAGCGACCAUGGGAUGCCACUGGUGGAUGUAGACUGUGGCUCCCUGGGGAGGAGAAGCAGAGCGGAAACGCCAAGCUUGGUGUCAUCCAGCUCGGCCCUGGGGGUGAAAUGCUGCCAGUCACCCAUUGCCCUCGCCGUCCUCCUCAUCUUGACUGUGGCCAUGCUGGCAGCUGUGCUCCCUUGGCUGCUGCUGGUGAAGAGGGACUCAUAG